AUGUGGUACCUCUCCCCCACUACCCUCGCCUUCUACCCCGCCCCCCGAAGACGGCGAGGUUGGGCUACCGCCUCCGCGUUGUUGUCUUCCUCGACCGCCAUCCCGUACAACUGUAUCGCCCGAUCCGUGUCGCGGGCCACCCCGUCCGCCCCGUCCCGCAUCAUGUUUCCAAGACACACCAUUGACUUGCUCUGCUUCCGUUCCUUGAUGUCUAUCUCAAACAGCUCCACCGCACGCACCGCAUUGCGCUCCACCCCUUCCGCUCCGUCCCUCAACGUCAUCGCAAGAUUGCAAGUCGCGUUACCGGAAUUUCCUUUCGCCAUUGCACGAUCAUACAAUGCCACGGCUCGCACCGCGUCACGCUCCACUCCUUCGGCACCUUGUUUCAGCAAAUUACCGAGGUUCACCAUGGCAUCGACGUCCUCACCCUUCUCGAUAGCGCGCUCAUACAGCUCUGCUGCUCGCACGGCGUUACGCUCUACUCCUUCGGCACCUUCGUGGAGCAAAAAACCGAGGUUGUACAUCGCUCUGACGUGGUCACCCUUCUCGAUAGCGCGCUCAUACAGCUCUGCUGCUCGAACGGCGUUACGCUCUACUCCUUCCGCACCUUGGUUCAGCAAAGCACCGAGGUUAAUCAUCGCCUUGACGUGGUCACCCUUCUCGAUAGCGCGCUCAUACAGCUCUGCUGCUCGCACGGCGUUACGCUCUACUCCUUCGCCACCUUCUUCGAGCAAAACACCGAGGUUGUACAUCGCACUGACGUCCCAAAACACCGAGCUUCACCAUGGCAUCGACGUCCUCACCCUUCUCGAUAGCGCGCUCAUACAGCUCUGCUGCUCGCACGGCGUUACGCUCUACUCCUUCCGCACCUUCUUGGAGCAAAACACCGAGGUUGUGCAUCGCCCUGACGUCCUCACCCUUCUCGAUAGCGCGCUCAUACAGCUCUGCUGCUCGCACGGCGUUACGCUCGACUCCUUCGGCACCUUCUUGGAGCAAAAAACCGAAGUCCACCAUCGCACCGACGUCGUCAAACUCCUUGAUCGCCUGCUCGUAGAACUCUGUCGCUCGAUCCGUGUCGCUAGCGACGCCGCCUGCCCCGUCCCGCAUCAUGUCUCCAUGACACACCAUGGAUUCACUGUCCUUCGCGAUUUUGGCCCUUUUGUUCUGUCCCCGCGCUUUUGUCCCCCUUGGAUGCCUCACUUAUAA